AUGGAGCGCCACCAGGCUGUCAACGAGAUGAUCAACGUUGGGGGCAGGAAGCGCCCAGCCAGCCUUGGCGCCGGAUGGUCCGGCGGGGAGCCAGAGAGCGGGUCCAAGCGCGCGGCGGUCGAGGCGGCGCAGGCUGCAACCCAAGCCAGGGCUGCCCAGGAGCAACCAGUCCAUGCAUUGGCCCUGGAAUUGGACGUCCACGAGGCUCCACAAGAGCAAGCCUUACAAGAGCUCUCUCGUAUGAAGGUCGACCAAGAGUUGCCCCAGGACAGUGGCGUCCAAGGUUGGUUGGCCUUCGCCAAGGGGGAGGCCGUCCAAGAGUGCGCACAUGAGCAGGUCAGCCAUGAGGAGGUCGAGUGGCUGAGGGCAACAGUGAAGAGGCAGGAUCGCAAGAUGGCGGAACUCAAGGCAUUAAGCGAGGCAAAGAUCAAGCAGAUGCAACAAGAUUUUGAAGCCGCCAAGACCACAGAGGAGGCAGAGAUUCAGGAGGCUCACAGGCUGGUGGAAAAUCUGACCAAGGCCCUUGGCAGUGCCACGACUGACAAUGAACGGCUGAUCAAGGCCAACGAGGAGCUGAAUGCAGCCAACAAGCAGCUGGCUGAGGAGCUUUGCAGUCUUCAGCAAUGCCUAGGAUUGCUGGAGAGAGGGCGUGAGAUGCAGGGGAGCAAGCCGGAAAAGAGCCAAGGCGAUUCCAUUCUUCCCAAGGAUGCAUGCAUCAAAGAUGACAAACUAAUCGGCAAAGGAAAUGUUGAUAGAUCAGGCUGUGCAGUGGACCAGCUUGUGGUGCCUCCCAUAGGCAAGACGGCAGAGUUCGUUGUUGACAGCCAAGGGAUGGAAGACGAAAAUCAGAAAGACCGAUUUGCAGAGUCGAGAAAGAGAGCUCAGUGGUUGAGCAAGGAGUUGGAAGGUGCUACAUUUAUACGCAAAGAAGGCACAACGUUGUGCAAGCCUUCGGAUGUCGAGGAUGCAGAAAUCUUGAUGAAGAAGAUGUUAGAAUCGGCACAAAGCGCGGAUGCUCGCUUCAACAAAGUUGCAUGGGCAAAGAGUGCAUUCAAGACAUGGGAGGGUGUUGACAAGAAGGAUGACUUCCACCAAUAUGCUCAAUGCAAAUUUUGUUGCAAAAGCAUAUCACUUUGCAAAGGCGUUAAUACAAGACCAUCUUGGACGUCUCCCAUCCAACAUUUGAGUACAAUACACAAACUAUCAAUCCCUCAAGCAUCAAGACAAAAGAAGAGUGAUGGAUUGGAGUCGAAGAAUGAAAGAGUGGAAUGGAAGGAUGCAAAAGCAAACAACAAUAUCAAAGUCGGAGAGCAACAAGGUGUCUUUAUGAAAGUGUCUAAAAAAUUGUUGCCUAGAUUUUAA